AUGAGCAAAAAAUCUAUACAGUAUUAUUUUCCCAGUAAAUGCCGUCUAUCUCUGUCCAUCUGUCUAGAGCCGCCCUGUCGUAAAUCUAUCUAUCUAUCUAUCUAUCUAUCUAUCUAUCUAUCUAUCUAUCUAUCUUACAUUCUAUGUAUCGGCCGGUUCAUAUCUAUCUACCUAUCUAUCUAUCUAUCUAUCACUCAUAUUCUAUUGAAAGAUAAUCGAUAUAUCAGUCGACUCCUAUCUAUCUAUCUAUCUAUCUAUCUCAUUUUAUACAAAGACAAACUUCGGUUCCUAUCUAUCUAUCUAUCUAUCUAUCUAUCUAUCUAUAAGAUUGUCCGACAGUCAUGUAAUGAGCAAUGUGACGCGGCAUUGGCCAAAAUGAAGGCAAAAACUCCAGCAGAUUAUGGUCACUUCCGGCACCUGGAUGUUCUUUCGACUUCUCCCUACAUAUAUUUUGUUCAUUUUUAUUUUUCUUUCUUUCUUCUUUCUUUCUUUCUUUUUUUCUUUGUCUUUUCCUUUCGUCACCAUUUUAUUUCUUUUUUUAUAUUUCAAGGAGUUUCUAUAAUUCCAUUCUUUCUUUCUUGUCUUCUUUCUUUCUUUGUUUCUUGUUUUCUUUAUUUGUUGCCUUUUUUGCUAUCGUCAGCAUUUUUUCGUUUCUUUUUCUUCCUUUUAGUCAUUCUUUCUUUUUGUAGUCAGUUCUUUCUUUCUUUCUUUCUUUCUUUCUUUCUUUCUUUUGUUUUGCUAUCAUCAGCAUUUUCUUGUUUCUUUUUCUACCUUUUAGUCAUUCUUUCUUUUUGUAGUCAGUUCUUUCUUUCUUUCUACCUUCCUUACUUAUUUCUUUCUUUCUUUCUUUCUUUCUUUCUUGUUUCUUUCUUUCUUUCUACCUUCCUUACUUAUUUCUUUUCUUUCUUUCUUUCUUUCUUUCUUUUUUUCUUUCUUUCUUUCUUUCUUUCAUGUGUUUUUGCUAUCGUCAGCAUUUUCUUGUUUCUUUUUCUACCUUUUAGCCGCUUCUUUAUAAAGUCAUUUCUAUCUAAAUUUCCUCUUUAUCACUCUCUCUCUAUCUCUUUAUCUUCAGGUAUCUUUUGCAUUUUCUCGUUACAUUUUCCAUCCUUAAACAUUUAUCUAUUUAGACUUUUGUUCUCUUUUUUGUCAUUUCAUUCUUUCCUUCUUAGUCUUUUGCUAUUUUUAGCCAUCUAUUUCUUUUAUCUAUCUAUCUAUCUAUCUAUCUAUCUAUCUAUCUACUUCUUUGUAUUUGUCCUUUUCUCCUUUCUUUUUGUAUUUUCUUAUUAUGCUAACUCUUCCUUUAUCCUUAUUUUCAAAAAUCCAUUUUUUUUCUUUUUCCUUUUCUUUUAUCUUUUUUUUUCUAUAUUAAUUUUCUGCUAUCUAUCUUUUUUUUUUUUUUUCUUUUUUCUUUCUUUCUUUCCUUCUUUCGCUCUUUCUUAUCUUUAUUUUUAUUUUUCUUUCUUUCUUCUUUCUUUCUUUUUUUCUUUGUCUUUUCCUUUCGUCACCAUUUUAUUUCUUUUUAUAUUUCAAGGAGGUACUUCAUUCUUGCUUUCUUUUCGUCAAUUUUCCCUUAAGUUUCAAAAAUUCCAUUCUUUCUUUCUUGUCUUCUUUCUUUCUUUCUUUCUUUCUUUCUUUCUUUCUUUCUUGUCUUCUUUCUUUCUUUCUUUCUUUUUUCUUUUCUUGUCUUCUUUCUUUUUUCUUUCUUGUCUUCUUUCUUUCUUUCUUGUCUUCUUUUUCUUUCUUUCUUGUCUUCUUUCUUUUCUUUCUUGUCAACUUUUUCUUUGUUUUUCUUUCUUCUUUCUUUCUUGUCUUCUUUCUUUCUUUCUUGUCUUCUUUCUUUCUUGUCUUCUUUCUUUCUUUCUUUCUUUCUUCUUUCUUUCUUUCUUUCUUUCUUGUCUUCUUUCUUUCUUCUUUCUUUCUUUCUUGUCUUCUUUCUUUCUUUCUUUCUUGUCUUCUUUCUUUCUUUCUUGUCUUCUUUCUUUCUUUCUUUCUUGUCUUCUUUCUUUCUUUUCUUUCUUUCUUUCUUUCUUUCUUUCUUUCUUGUCUUCUUUCUUUUCUUUCUUCUUUUCUUUCUUUCUUUCUUGUCUUCUUUCUUUCUUUCUUUCUUGUCUUCUUUCGCUCUUUCUUUCUUGUCUUCUUUCGCUCUUUCUUUCGCUCUUUCUUAUCUUUUGCUUUCGUUGCCAUUUUCUUUCCUUUUCUAACCCCCGCCCGUGUUCAUAUGUUUAUAGUACCCCACUGUGUUCAUGUGCUGAUAGCACUCUUCUGUUUUCAUGUGUUUAUAUUACCCCUUUGUGUUCAUAUGUUUAUAGUACCGCUCUGUAUUCAUGUGCUGAUAGCACUCUUCUGUGUUCUUGUGUUUAUAGUACCCCUUUUUGUUCAUAUGUUUAUAGUAACCCUCUGUAUUCAAAUGUUGAUAGCACUCUUCUGUUACCCCUCUGUAGUCAUGUGUUGAUAGUACGCCGCUGUGUUCAUGUAUUCAUAGUACCUCUCUGUGUUCUGUCAUAUGCCCCAGUCGACAAAUGUGUUUAUAGGGCGAUUAUGAGCCGAUUAGGAGAUAUAUACACUCUCACACCCGUGGAGAGAUACAAGCUAUCUCUCUCAGAUCGUGAGAGUGGACAAUUGAGGUAUACACUUUCGUCCUCUCUUUGUUUCGCCUUUUUCUUUUCUUCCUUUUCUUCUGUCGACAGCUCGAAUUCCAACCCGACUUACUGCAACAGGGAUGUACACUUUCUUCCUCUCUUUGGUUUUCUUCUUUCUUUCCUUCUUCUUCUUUACACAAUUCAGCUUAUAACAGAGGUAUACACUUUCUUCUCUGUUUUCCCUUUUCUUUCUUUGCACAAUUCAACUUGUAACAGAGGUAUACUUUCUUCUCUGGUUUUUCCUUUUUCUUUUCUUCCUCUCUCUAGAUAUCCCUUUUCUUUUCUUUACACAAUUCAACUUGUAACAGAGGUAUACUUUCUUCCUCUCUCUGGAUAUCCGUUUUCUUUUCUUUACACAAUUCAACUUGGGAUUAUCGAACAGGAAUACUUCUUGUCCGGAGUUGCCUGGAUUGAACUGGAUAAGUUUCAUUACUAUCAAAUGCGUCUUAUCUUUCCGUUCAUAAACUAG